AUGAAUAUAAAGCCAACUAAGCGUAAAUUUUCUUAUCAAACGAUAACGAACAUAUUGAAUGAUUAUUCAAUAGAGCAAGCGUCUUCACAAAACAAAAAUAAAAAUAGUAAUAAUAAACAUAGCAAUGUUAAUAAUGGUGAUCAUCAAUUAAAAAGACGUCCAAGUGCACUUGUACGUCCUGAAAGACAUAGACCUCGUCCAUCUAUAAUCAAUAGUAAAAAUCACAAACGAUAUACCGAAGAGAAAUCAAGUAAAGAUAAAGCUCAAAAUCGAUCAAAUUCCGCCAAGUAUAAUUAUGAUAAAUAUGCAAGUUAUACUUGGUGGGAAUUGUUUGCUUUAAUCAUUACGGUUUGGGUACCAGAUACUUUACUAAAAAGAAUUGGUCAAAUGAAUCACCCUUUAACAAGACAAGCUUGGAGAGAAAAGGUAACUUUAUGUAUUAUAAUCUUGACGCUAUGCUUUUGUCUUGGAUUAUUAUCAUUCGCGCUACGACCUUUACUUUGCAAAGAUGAUGCAUCAAGUAGUCGUCUUGCAUUUUCAGAAAGGUCUGGAACUGGCAAUGAACUUGUAAAAGUGUAUAGAGAUGAUAUAGUAGUUUAUGGUGGAAUAUAUAAAUUUCCUACAAUGAAAAGUUUCAUGUCAACAAAAAAUAUUCAAUUAAGCGAUAAUUUCAAAGGAUCGGAUUUAAGUAAUCUUUUCGAUAAUACAAAAGGUUUAUGCCAAAGUUUUGACGAAUCUAGUAACAAUACAGUCAAUUGUGAAGUUCCACUUCUAAACACUACGAGUUGUAUUUUAAUCAGUGAUCUAGAAAGAUAUACUAGACCUGAUGUUGGGAUUUUAGCUUUUGAGUGGGAGGAUCUUGUUCCCAAUAGUGUCGACAUAAAUGCUUUAUAUUUUGUAUAUAAUGGUUUAGUGUUCAACCUGGAUCAGUAUUUUUCUAAUUUAGACGUAAACCAUUCAAUAAAAAAAUAUCUUGGAGAUAAAACACACGAAAUAUUAACUGAAAGUUUAGGAAAAGAUGCCACAUUAUUAAUAACAAAUCAUUUAAACGUUAAUAAUGAAUUGAAAUGUGUAUUCCAAAGAUAUAAAGCUGGUGUUUUAUCCACACAACCCGCCGGAUGUAUGGCAGCUGAUCUUAUAAUAUUCACCACCACAUCAAUAGUGGUACUUGUUGUAGUAAUAAGAUUUGUGAUGGCUGUUGUGUUUCAAUGGUUUAUUGCAGAUAGAUUGACAUUUGUUAGAAAGAAGGAGAAUGGAACGGUAGUGAUAAAAGGCAAAUCUCCUUAUGUGAUUAUACUAGUUACUUGUUAUUCCGAGGGCAGAAAAGCAAUAAAAUCUACUUUAGACAGUUUGGCAGCUACAAGUUAUAAUGAUAAACACAAGUUGUUUUUUAUAGUGACAGAUGGAGUUGUAAGAGGAGAAGGAAAUAAAAAAACUACACCUGAAAUAUGUCAAAAAUUGUUAGAUGUACCGACAGGUUUAGAUGAUCCAUUACCAUGUUCUUAUAUGUCAAUUGGUAGAGGCGAAAAAAAAAUAAAUAGAGCAAAAGUGUAUGCAGGACAUUACAACCAAAAUGAUCGUCGUACACCAGCGAUUCUUGUGGUUAAAGUUGGCAAUAGAAAAGAAUCAAAUUCUACUAAAGCUGGCAAUCGUGGUAAACGUGAUUCACAGGUGAUACUGAUGACUCAUUUUCAAAGAGUAUUUACAAGUGACCAUUUUACUGAAUUAGAUUAUGAAUUAUAUUGGAAAAUUUAUUUUCUCAUGGGGAUAACUUCCGAUGUGUUUGAAUUGGUAAUGAUGGUAGACGCUGACACCAAGGUUUCCGAGUCGUCGCUAGCUUACCUUGUUUCAGCCAUGAAAAAAGAUCCCAUGAUAAUGGGUUGUUGUGGUGAAACUAGGAUAGCAAACAAAACUAGUAGUUGGGUAUCAGCUAUACAAGUUUUCGAGUAUUAUGUAUCACAUCAUUAUGGUAAAGCGUUUGAAGCAGUAUUCGGUGGUGUCACUUGUCUACCAGGUUGCUUCAGCAUGUUUAGGCUUAAAGCUCCAAAAGAUGGUGUUUGGAUACCUAUAAUAAGUAGCCCACACUUAGUUGCCGAGUAUCAACAAAACUCUGUUAUAACUUUACACGAAAAGAAUCUUUUGUUACUAGGAGAAGAUCGAUAUUUGUCUACCCUGAUGUUCAAAAGCUUUCCUCAUCGAAAAAUGAUGUUCAUUCCACAAGCAGUAUGUUAUACCAUUGUACCAGACACCAUGAAGGUAUUGAUGUCUCAACGACGUAGAUGGAUAAAUUCCACAGUUCAUAAUCUAUUGGAAUUGUUAUUUGUUAGUGAUUUGUGUGGUAUUGCUUGUUUGUCGAUGCAAUUUAUAGUUUUUUUGGAAUUGAUCGGUACUGCUAUGUUACCAAGUGCGAUACUGUAUUCAUUCUUCAUAAUUUUUAAUGCUUUAAUAGCGGAAAAAAUUGACAUCUUUGUAGUUAUAUUGGUGGCUUUGAUUAUUGGAUUGCCAGGUUUGUUAAUUAUAAUAACAGCACAAAAGAUUGUCUAUAUCGGUUGGAUGUUUGGUAAGUGA